UUUUACACCUUAAGCAUUGUGCCUGCAGCAAAAAUAGUUUUAACAAGAACUGGUCACUUCAGAUGCAUAAAAAAUCAUCAGACAUCACAAGAUUCAUUGUUAGAAGACAGCAGCAGUAAAUCCUGAAAUUAAUACCAAAAUGAAAGACACCUCAAGAACCAGGACACUGAGACUUCGUCUCAACAUAAUACUUGUCAGUGUCCUUAGAGCCUCUCUGCUGACGGAUGGCGCUAACAUACGACUCGUUGGUGGCAGUCACUCCUGCUCUGGUAGAGUGGAAGUCUAUUAUAAUAACCAGUGGGGAACAGUGUGUGAUGAUGACUGGGACAUGAGUGAUGCACAGGUGGUGUGUAGACAGCUUAGAUGUGGUAAUGCUGUCAGCGCUCAUCAAAGUGCGUCCUUUGGUCAGGGAAGUGGCUCAAUAUGGUUGGAUAAUGUUCGCUGUUCAGGAAGUGAAAGCUCCAUCACACAGUGCCCUCGUAAUGAAUUUGGAUCACAUGACUGUAGCCAUAGUGAAGAUGCUGGUGUUACUUGUUCAGGUACAGAAAGUGUGUGCCAGAAUGCAAUCAGGCUGGUGAAUGGUCGCAGUAACUGCUGUGGUCGAGUGGAGAUCCAGUACAAUAGCCAGUGGGGAACAGUGUGUGAUGAUUUUUGGGACUUAAAGGAUGCAGAGGUGGUGUGUAGACAGCUUGGAUGUGGUAAAGCAGUCAGCGCUCUGCAAGAUGCCCGCUUUGGUCAGGGAAGUGAACCAACCUGGCUGGAUGAUGUUCAGUGUACUGGAACUGAGAGCUACAUAGAUCAGUGCUUACACAGUGGAUUUGAAAAUGAGGACUGUGAUCAUCAUGAAGAUGCUGGAGUUGUGUGCUCAGAUUUGCAGACUCCUACGCUGACUCGGAUCUCCCCAAACUCUGUGGUCUCACCUGGAGAAGUCCUUAAGUUCAGAUGUUCCACACCCAGACCAACAUGCAUCUCUGUAGACUUCAGUUUGUAUAAAACUGGGACAUUAAUAAAGAAGCAAACUGCAGAGACUACAACAACAUUUACUCUGACUGUAGAUGGAUCACAUCAGGGCCAGUACACCUGUGACUACACAUACAGGGAAAGUAACUUCACAUCAUCCAGGAGCAGCUCCAUUACCAUCACUGUGGGUAAGAUGCUUUUUUAG